CCAAUCAACGUCGUACUAGAGGCGGGUCUGGAAACACGUCCUUUGAUACAAAAAUUUCUUUCCGAUUGUCCAGAAGAAUUGAAUGAGAAGAGAGCAAAAGAUGCUGUCGAACGCCUGAACGAGAUAUUUUCUUAA